AUGCGAACCAAUGCUUCGACAAUAGGGCUGGCAGCCUGCCUCGCAGGUUUGACAUUGGCAGCAGAUUUCAGCUCAACGUCAACGUCACCACCAAUUGAGAAGAAUGCUGUGAUUAUAUUUGGAACCGAUACAUGGGCGUUGCCGCCAACAGUCGGGGAUUCCAAUAAGCUGCUCACGAUAGAUGCUACAACCGUUGUGCUUCGCACGCUAUAUUUGAAACGGCAAUCAGGCGACAUAGUAGGCUCAGCGGUAUCUACAUCGGUGCCUGUGGUGACGACUACUAUGACGGGAUUGAUUCAGACGGGAGCCGCAAGCCCAAUAAAUCCACACAGAGAGACUCGCGGGAGAGGUCCCAUUCACUGGGACGAUGCAGUGAUUGCAUUGCUCCCUCGGGAUGUCAUCAACUCUGAUGAUUCGGAGGCUUCAUUUAUUAAUCUCCCAGCCGACCUCCCUUCGGAAAAUAAAAAUGGCAAUACUGGCUCAGUCACGAUCCUCAGUGAAUUCAACAGCUAUCAGUACGAAAAGCAUAAUCUGUAUAAUGUACCGCUAUACAUACAGGUCGACUGGUACGACAGCGCUAAGAACCUAGACGGUAGCAGCUUCAGCCCGCUCUUUGCCGUGAUGAACGCCAGCGUAUCGGUCCUGACCAACGAAACGAGAGAAGCGCUGAGCCAAACAAACCAGGUGCAGCCUUUCCACGCGGAGUGCUCGGGUCCUGUUGGUUCCUCGUGCAGCACCUCCCCGACCAGCAGUAGCACGCCAGCCUCCUUUUCUACUGCGCCAGCAAGUACGGGAUCCUCCGCGGCCGAGAAUCCGCAAGGGAGUAGCAACAGCAGCAGUGAGAGCCCCAACGGGCUCUCGACCGGCGCCAUCGCCGGAAUCGCCGUGGGUGCCGGCGUCGUGGGUCUCGCCCUGAUCGGCGCCGCCAUCUGGUUCCUGUGCUUCCGGCGCCGGCGGUCCCAGCGCAGCGGGCUCGUCCAACACAACAACGGCUACAGCUCGGACGGCGCCGGCAUCAUGGCCGACAAGGAGCUGCCGCACGUGACGGAUAGCCCGCACAGCGCCUACGCGCCCGACCGCGGGGCCCUGCACGACCAGGGCCCGCGCCAGCACCACCACCAGCCGGUGGCGGCGGCGGCGGAAGCAGCCACGGCGCGCGGCGCGAUGCCGCUCAUGGGGUCCCACGGGGGCUCGCUCGACGAGUCCGAGAGGCACUCGUUCGCGCCGUAUAGCGAUCGGGCGCCCAGCGGCCUGGCCAACAACCAGAGCCAAAGCAGCUUGCCGACGGGAGGGGCCCGGAGCCCGACGCCGCCCAUCACGAGCCGGUACGCGCACCUGGUGGAGGAAGGUAUGACGGACGACGAGAUCCGGAGGCUCGAGGAGGAGGAGCGGGCGCUAGACGUGGCCAUUGAGGACGCAGGGAGGGCAAGCCGUACUGCGUAG